CGGACGUAUUAGAAAGAACAAAUGAAUGCCAGCAGGGCUGGGCUACGUUAAGAAAAAAAGGCGGCAAGGCCGCGUAACCGUAUAAAACAAGAUUAUUAAGAUAAAUUGAAUAAAACCUGAAUGUACACCUUAUAGUAUUUGUAUUAAUGCAGUUAUUAGAUAUUAAGAGUUCCUGAUCGUAACAUGAAAUUUACGCUGUGGUUUUUAGUCCUCUCGGGCUAUUCUCUAUCGGCCUCCGCCUCUUUAGUUCCUGUAGUUACUAAUCCAGGAGGUAUCGGAGGCAUUUUCAAAGGACCUGAUUCAGAAACUAUAGUUCAAGGACCAGAUGGUAGCCUCAUAACAGCCCAACAGGAAGGGGGCCUCAUCCAAAGGGAAUUUGAACCUAUAGUUGCGGCCGAGCAGGAAGUUUUACUUCCAGCGUCUCCAGAACCUCCAGUACAUUCAGUACUUCCAGUAGUAUCCACUCCCCGCAUAGUACCAAUCUCACCUGUAAUCACUGGAAGCGGUGAGGUACACGCAGUUGAUGUACCUUUAUCCGUAGGGAAGCCUAUCGAAAUUGUGGAACCAGAUCCGCAUAUAAUAGAAACUGAAAUCGUAGAUGGCCCUGCCAUCGAACCUAAAGGUUCCACUGAUUUAGUUGGACCAUCAGGGAGAAUUUCAACUAAAGGUUCAGAGUCUAUCGUAUCAGGACCAGCGUCGACUACCAUCACUAAAAAUGCAAAAAUUCUGAUCGCACCACUUAAAGUAUCAGCAGUACAAGUGUUAAAUUCGGCAGCAAUACCAGCGGUUAAUCAUAUUCCGAUAGUAGAAGUCAACAAUGAAUUACCUCAAUCUUCUUCACCGGUGGUAAUUUCUUCGACAAUUUCACCUCCCGUAUAUUCGACCCCAGAACCGCCUGUUUUGCAACAAAAAGUGAUACCUCUCGGUGCGAUAACCAAUGUUUCACCAACUCUUAUUUCAACAUUGGAACCGCCCAAAGUCUCUUUGAAUUCACAACCAGUACUUUUAAACCAAUAUGAUAUAUCUUCUCCACGUCCACCACUUCCUUACUUGGGAAAUAUUGGCAACGGAGGUCAAGAUUUGGCAAUAAUUGGUACUCCGGAGAGGCCAAUUGAACAAUAUUCUUCCACUUUAUCACCUCAAAAUGUUCCUGAUGUCGAUAGAAAUGGCUUGGGAAGACCAGUAUUGGCGAAUGAUCAAUCAAUUUAUCAAUUAAAUAAUAAUGGUUACUUAGAAGGAGUUGUCCCCUAUAAUCAAAGGGUACCUUUAGUGCACACCAGCAAUCAAGAAAUUCCCACUUUAGGUAGCAAUGGCUACGAUCAAUCAAUUAGUACUACAGGAAGACCGGUUUUACUUACUGGAGAGGAAUACACAUCAACUUCGGUCCCUAUUGGCUCUGCCAGUCCUGACAUUCUUAAACAAGGAUUAGAACUCGGUGAUCAACAAAUCUACCAAUCGGGAUACAACGGUAACUUAGACCAAGUUAACUCCCCUAAUCCAGAAGUCUCAUUACAUACCAGUAAUCAAGGAAUUUCAACCGUAAGCGGCAAUGGAUAUAACCAAUUAAUCAGUACUACAGAGAGACCUACAUUAAUUUACAAAGAUCAAUACGCAUCAACUGUAGCUCCUCCAGUGGGAUCUACUGACCAAAGGGUGGUAUUAAUCGGUGGGGAAGGAAGCAGUGGAGUUGCUACCGGACAUCAACCACCAACUCAGGAGGAAUGGCUGAUAAACAGACAAUAUGCUGUCGAUCCUGCGCAAAUACCUCAACAUAACAUAGUACCUCCCGAGAUUAGCGUACCGAAACUACCAGGGAAUAUACCGAGAGCGCCGGGACUGCUGUCGCCGAAUAUUCAAAGAAUCGAUAAGGCCGAUUUGCAAAGAUUCGUUCCAGAAGCGGACCGAACGAUUCAAAACGGAUAUUACCAGAACGAAAUCAUCGUUGGAAACACCGAUAGCAAGGCGAUUCCUCUAAGUGAUUCUCAGACAUAUGAGCUUGUUCAAUCACAGCGAUAUGACGACAACAUCGAAUCCAGCUUAUGGAACAGAUACGGCAGAGAAAGUAGGAAAGUACCGUUGAAAUUCUGAUAGGGUGAAGAUUGCUAUAAUAUAAAUACGCGAAUAUUUUGUUGAUGUUGAUAAAUGCGCAUAAGGGUUAUCUGUAGACAAUAAAUUAACAAUUGCAAAGUAGAACAGGGUAGGAUUGUAAGGUUUUGUUUUACAGAGGUGACUCUCCUAAUACUUAAUGUUAACAUUCAAUUUUUAUAUUUAUUAACAUUUAAAACAAUAAUUGAUAUUUAUUGAGAAAAUUACUGCCUACUUCUUUUAGAAGAAUAAAAUCGAUUUAAGAAUUUAAAUAGAUGACCCUUAUUCACCUAUUUACAAAUAAUAAUUUUAACGUACCUAUACUAUUUUUGUGAUAUAACCUACAUGUAAUCUCUUGUAUUCUUUUAAAAUAAAAUACCACUUUGAAGAAUA